UUAAGUAUUAAAUUUUCAAUUCAAACUUUAUUUAAAAAAAGAAAAAAAAAUGAAAACUUUUGAUCAAACUAAGGAUUGAUUGAAGUGAAAAAUCUAGCUGGAAGUAAUCUGGUGAAAAGGACAACAUUGUAUUGCCGACGAGGAUAGGGAACAGGGAACGAUGUCGUCGCCGGACAUUGCUUUAAUCUUGGAAAACUCGAGGGAGCUCGAUCGGUUAAGGAAAGAGCAAGAAGACGUGCUUGUCGAAAUCAACAAGCUUCACAAGAAGCUUCAAGCUACUCCUGAGGUAGUUGAGAAACCUGGUGAUUCUUCGUUAUCAAGGCUAAGAACUUUAUAUAUUCAGGCUAAAGAUCUUUCAGAGAGAGAAGUAUCUAUUUCCAACUUGUUACUAAGUCAACUUGAUUCUUUCCUGCCAUCUGGACCUCCAGGACAACAAAGAAGAAAGAUGGAUGGUAGUGAGCAGAAAAGGAAAAGAAUGAAGUCUGAUUCAGAUAUCUCUCGCCUUUCUCCUUCUAUGCGGAGUCAUAUCGAGGCUUGUGUUAGUCUAAAAGAUGAACAGGUAGCUGCAAGAGUCACCUCAGAUGCUGAGAAGGAUGAGUGGUUUGUUGUGAAAGUGAUAAAUUUUGAUGAGAAAACGAAAGAAUUUGAAGUACUUGAUGAGGAGCCAGGUGAUGAUGAAGAGGGCAGUGGCCAAAGGAAGUACAAGCUGCCUGUGUCUUGCAUUAUACCUUUCCCCAAGCGGAAUGAUCCUUCCAGUACUCAAGAAUUCCCUGCUGGAAGACAUGUUUUGGCUGUUUAUCCAGGAACAACUGCACUUUAUAAGGCAACUGUCAUUAGUACUCCUCGAAAGAGGAAAUCAGAUGAGUAUUUACUGGAAUUCGAUGAUGAUGAGGAAGACGGAGCCUUGCCUCAAAGGACGGUACCGUUUCACAAGGUGGUUCCCUUGCCAGAAGGACAUCGCCAGUGAGAUUGGUGUAUAAAUGUGUAUAAGUUAGAGCUGGAUUUUAGACACGUGAAUCUGAACCCUAAUUUCUACGAGCCCUGUGUAUUCUCUUAGUAAUGGAACAUUGACACACUGAUAACCCUUUUCGUUAAUUCCAAGUUCUAUGGUGCUUCUUUGUUACUAGUAAA